AUGGAGGAAGAGGCGGACGACGCUAGUUCAGUGUCGAGCCAUGGGACAUUCUUCGAGGAAGAGGAUGCAAACGUGGAGUGCUGCGUGUGCCAGAGCCCUGGAGACGCUUCUCGCCUGCUGCUCUGCGACGACUGUGACGACGGAUACCACAUCUACUGCCUCGACCCUCCCCUCAAGCGUAUCCCCCAUGGUACCUGGUCCUGCCCCGGAUGCGACCGGACGGGAGGGCAGAAGGCGAAGGGGAGGAGGAGAGUUGUUCCUGGGGUGGAGCAGAAGCUUGCGAGGGUGAAAGUCUCGAUGACGGUGGGGAAGCUCUUGUUCCAGCGGGUGGUGGUGAGGCGGCCGAUAAGGGCGAAGACAGGGAGGAGGGAGUUCGACGUGCACUACGUGUGGAAGGAGGAGGAAGGGGGGAGGUCGUCGAGGACAAGCUGCGUGCUGAGAAGCCUCUCGGAGGUCCACCGACUGCUGAACUUGCGAUCUAUCAACGCGAGUGAUUAUCUGGACCAGUUCGACUUUUCAAAUUGUUAUGGUGAGGAGGAGGUUGAGGAGGAGGAGGAGUGCGAGGAUAACGAUGCGCAGACAAGAGGGGCAAGCUUACGGGCUACGGGAGGGAGAAGAUGGAGAAGAUGGAGAUGA